AUGCCGCGGCGGCCGCCUCUGGCCUGGGCCCGAACAGCUGCUCUGCAGGACCUCGUCAUUGAAACUUCCCUGGGCACAAUGGGAUUUAUGAAUGUAUCGAGCUAUGCUCCUGACACAGAGCAAGGAGGUGUGAGGCUGGGAGCCUCUCAGCUGGAUCUGGGCAGCAUACAGCAGCGUGGAAAGCAGGAGCUGUCAUCUGGGGGGGUCAGCGUCCGCCUUUACACAGGGCGAGUGAAGAGAGGCCCCGGCGGUGGGACCCGAGUUGUCCUGAAGGCGUACCCUCAGGAUGGGGGCAAGGAGGCGGAUGCAAUGGCGGCCAACGAGCUGGCUGCGCACUGCAGCCUGCAGCCACCCGCUGUUGUGAAAGAGGCGCAGCACAUCUGCACCCUGCUGGGUGGAUUCAUGCCCCGCUCGGGUGCAUCAGCCGGGGAGCAGUGGCUGGUGUUUCGUAAUGACGGCACCACAACAGCAGCACAAUGGGCACAGCAGGCGUCGCAGGCCGGCUUGGGAGGCGGCCUCUUCAGCGUCUUUGACAGGGGCCGCGCAGAGCGCCGGCAGGCCUUUGCUCUGGAGGUCCUCCGCCAGACACUUAAGGGGCUGGCGUACAUGCACUCGCGCAACAGGCUGCAUCAGAGCGUGGGACCGUCCUCUGUGAUCCUCAGCGGCACGGACGAGACCGGCAGUCGACCGCUGCUGGUGCGGCUGAGGGACCUGGCAUUCUCAGUGGACGUCUCCGAGGCGGCUCUGUACGGCGGCGCCACCCUGGCCGACAUCUGGGAGCGGGGCCGCAUCGACGCCAAAGACCCCCUGAAGCAGCUGGCAGCUGGGCUGUGGAGGAGGGCGGAGCAGGAGGGGGCGCGCACGGAGACGGAGCGGCGCAACUACGGCAUCGCCGACGACGUGUACGCGGCCGGCCUGCUGCUGGCGUGCAUGGCCUUCAUCCCCUUUUGUGAACCCGGCUCCAUCGAUGCGCCUUCCCUGCAGCGGCUGCUGGAGAGCACGUUCCGGCUGGACAUAGAGGCGGCGCGCGAGUACUGCGAUGCCGACGAGCGAUGGGCGGGCGCGGUGCAAUUUUUGGACAGCGCGGCCGGCGGCGCUUCCGGCUGGGAUUUGUUGGCGGCAAUGCUCAAUCCUGAGUGGCGGCGGCGGCCGACGGCCGAGUCGUGCCUAAACCACCCUUUUUUAAAGGAAUAUGUUGCAAAUGACGCGUAG